AUGACCUCCUGGAGCUUGUUGCCUCUUGCCCUGGCUCUGCUCUGCUCCAGCACCCAUUGCUCCCUGGACUGCGACCUGACUCAGGGACUUCAGGAAGACUUCUCACUUCUUAACCAAAUGAGCACAUUUCCCCUGGUGUCAUGUCUGAAGGACAGGACCAAUUUCAACUUCCCAAAGGAAGCCCUGAAUGGAAGCCAACUCCAGAAGGAAAAUGCCACAGUCAUUGUUCUUGAGAUGGUCCAGCAGAUCUUUACCCUCUUCAGUCAAAAUGCCACUCCUGCCACUUGGAAUCAGACCCAGCUUAUGCAACUGCUCUUUGGACUACAUCGACAGCUGGAACAGCUAGAGAGGUGUCUUGAGCAGUAUGUGGAGUGGGAAGAGUCUUCCUUGGAAAGUGAAAACCCUAGGCUGGCCCUGAAGAGCUACUUCCAAGGAAUAAGCCAGUAUCUGCAGGGUAAAGAGUAUAGUCACUGUGCCUGGGAGAUUGUCCGAGUGGAAAUCAGGAGAGUCUUUCUGUUCAUGAGCAAACUCGCAAGAAAACUCAGGGCCUGA